AUGUUGUUGCCGAGGUUCUCGACACUCUUGUGCCUUGCUGGCCUGACGGCCGUGCCUGCAGUCAAUGCCUACGACGGCGAUGAGAACGUCAAGAGCAUUCCGCUAAGAACUCAUAGCCUCUCCGCCCCAUACUUGGACUCAGACUUCCAAAGCCGCUGGUUCGAUUUUGGUGGUGAUACGGUCAUUCGUGCCGACAAAUACAUCCGUCUCACAUCAGACCGGCCGUCGCAACAAGGAUGGAUCUUUUCUCGCGUUCCUUUGACCGCGACUAACUGGGAGAUCGAAUUUGAAUUCCAGAUCCAUGGAGAGGGAAACCUGCACGGCGAUGGCUUCGCCAUGUGGCUCACCAAGCAGCGCGCGACACAAGGCCCCGUCUUUGGCUCGACGGAUAACUUUGAGGGUCUGGGAAUUUUCUUCGACACAUACAAGAACAACCGCCCUGGCACAUCCUUCCCCUACGUCAUGGCCAUGAUGGGCGACGGCAAAACCAGCUACGACCAAGCACACGAUGGCAAGGCCAAUGAAUUGGCUGGAUGUUCCGCCCGCGGUCUUCGCACCACCUCCGUCCCCACAAAAGCCCGCCUAACGUAUUUCCAAGACAAGUCGCUAACCCUGGACCUGCAAUACAAAUCCGAAGGCACCUGGACCAACUGCUUCACUCUCACAAGCCCCGAGACGAACAUCGCCAUUCCCUCCGUCGCGUACCUUGGUUUUUCCGCCGAGACCGGCGAGCUCAGCGACAACCACGACAUCAUAUCCGUCAAGGCCCAGAAUCUAUACAAUGUCGCUGGAUCUAAGGGCACUGGCGGUAGUGGACCCCCUCGCAGCGCCGACCGGCCCUACCGCAAGCCCAAGAAGCAGUCCGGUAGCUGGUCGUGGUUCCUGUUUAAGGUGUUCUUCUUCUUUGCGGCUGUGCGGGGUGGGUAUGAUUGGAUGGACCGCCUACCGGUCCAGGACAAGGUAUUCUCGGUUUUAGACGAACGCGUCGUCGAUUUCUGUGGUCUCAUGAGAAGUGGUCCGAUGUCUGAAAGUGAAAUGGUUAAAAUAAAAACAUUAUCUGUUAUUCUGUAUCUGCUUGCCUGA